AUGUCGCCAGAUAAAGAGAGGGGUAGGAUUGAAGCGACGGACCUUGUAAAAUGGGAUGGGCCUGAAAACCCAAUGAAUUGGCCGAAAUGGAAGAGACUAGGCCAUGUUGCCUUGGUUAGCAUUAUCAUCUUUCUGGUGAACCUCUCUACGACCAUCUCCGCUCCAGGUUCUGGUAUCCUUAUGAAAGAUUUUCAUCAGGACAAUUCAAUCAUUAGAAACUUAACAAUUAGCAUAUUCCUCCUCGGCUUCACUCUUGGUCCUCUGGUCAUGGCACCACUAUCCGAGCUUUACGGGCGUUUGAUUGUGUACCAUCUUUCAAUCGCCACUUUCAUUGUAUUUCUUAUGGGCUGCGGAUGGAGUGAAAGUAUCAUCUCGUUCCUAAUUCUCCGUUUCAUUGCUGGAUGCGCGGCUUCGUCUCCCUCGACCAUUGGUGGAGGAACGGUCGCAGAUGUCAUUCCAGUCCAGGAGAGAGGAGCCGCCAUGGCUGUAACAGCAGUGGGACCGAUUCUGGCACCUGUGAUUGGCCCUGUUGUGGGAGGAUUUGUCGCACAACAACUUGGCUGGAGAUGGACAUUUUGGCUUGUUGGUUUUGCCGCUUCAAUCUGGCUUGUUGUAGCCAUGAUCUUCAUGCAGGAGACUUAUGCGCCAAUACUACUUAAACGAAAAGCUGCGCGACUUCGAAAGAUAACAGGAAAUGUGGGACCUCAAGCCGAAAGCGGAAAGAACCUGUCACCACUUGCUUAUCUUGGACGUGGAUUAUCUCGGCCGUUGAAGUUGCUGGUUCUAUCACCCGUUGUGCUGCUGCUCUCCAUCUACGUCGCGUUUGUUUUUGGGUUGAUGUUUCUCUGCUUCAGCACCUAUUCCGAAGUCUUCAUAGAGCAAUAUCAUUUCUCGGUCGGCGUUUCUGGAUUGACAUAUCUUGGGCAAGGGAUAGGCAUGAUCAUUGGUCUUAUUCUGUUUGGAGCUUUGAGCGACAGGAUUUUGAAAGCUAGAGCAGCAAAACACAAGGGAGAGACGACACCUGAAGAGCGGCUACCGCUAAUGAUAUACUUCGCCCCUAUUGUUCCAAUUGGGUUUUUCUGGUAUGGGUGGACUGCACAGGAGAAGGUUCAGUGGAUGGCGCCAAUUGUUGGAACAAGCUUUAUCGGCCUUGGUAAUUUGUUUGUUAUGUUGCCGGCCCAGAUAUAUCUCGUCGAUGCGUUUGGACCUGAGAGUGCUGCUUCAGCCCUAGCUGCGAACUCGCUCUUGCGAUCUCUGUUUGCUACAUUUUUACCUCUCACAGCUCCACGCCUGUAUGCAAGCUUGGGCUAUGGAUGGGGAAAUAGUUUGUUUGGAUUUUUGGGUUUGGCUUUCAUACCAGUGCCUGUUUUGUUUUAUAAGUAUGGGGCGUACUUAAGAAGCAGGUUUCAAGUUCGAUUAUAA